AGUAGCAUUACAUGUUUCCUUGUAUCAUGUAACCUCAAUUAUCGCCGAAUUAACAAAACACGUGUGUUUUAUGUUUUUAUUAUGGAAGAACAAAAUGUAAAUUUUGUGCCGUGUGUUCGGUGGGUAAAAAGGGGAGUUGCCAAUACAAAUCCUUCAAAAGUUCAGCUAUCAAAAGAUGAACUUAUACAAAUUAUAAAGGAUACCAAGGAAAAGUUAAAUGUUAAUGAUGUUGAACAAAAUGAAGACGCUGCAAUGGAAGGUGAACCUUCUGGUACGGAUGAGUUUAACUUGGACAAAUAUGACGAGGAUGACGAAAAAGGUACUGCAAAUGCAUUAGGUAUUGCAUCUUUGGCAGAGUUACCUGCAGAAGAUCAGACUGACAAUUUUAGUGAAUCGGACGAUUCUGAAAAAGAAGAUGACAUUAUUAAAAACACUGAUAACUUAAUUCUUGUUGGACAUGUUGAAGGAGAUGCUAGUAUUUUAGAGGUUUAUGUUUACAAUGAAGAAGAAGAAUCUUUGUAUGUUCACCAUGAUAUAUUGCUACCGUCAUUUCCACUGUGUUUAGAAUGGCUGGAUUAUGAACCAAAUAUGCCAAAAGGAAACUACUGUGCCAUUGGCUCAAUGUCCCCUAUUAUAGAGGUGUGGGACAUUGACAUAAUUAAUUCCAUAGAACCUUCAUUUAAAUUAGGACAAAAAGCCAACCAGAAAAAAAAUAGACAACACAUUGGACAUACUGAUGCCAUUCUGGCAUUGGCAUGGAAUAAAACAUUUGAUCAUGUUAUUGCCAGUGGUUCAGUUGAUAAUACAGUUUUAUUAUGGGAUAUGGAGCAUCAAACUCCUACCACAACAAUAAAUGCAUUUACAGAUAAAGUACAGUGCCUUGAAUGGCACAAACUGGAGGCACAGACUUUAUUGGCUGGUGGUUGCGACUGUACAGCCCGCGUUUUUGAUUGCAGAACCCCAGAUAAUCACCAAACCUGGAAUAUAGAUGGAGAGGCAGAAAGGCUGAUUUGGAAUCCUUUGCAGCCUUUUAUGUUUAUAGCUGGAACUAGUAAGGGUUUAGUUCAGGCUUUUGACUGCCGUAAAGGUUUGCUGUGGUCUGUUCAGGCCCAUAGUAAAGAAGUUACAGGUUUGGCUUUAAGCGGCCAGUGUGGAGGCCUUAUGGUUACUGCUUCUCCUGAUGAAACAUUAAAAACCUGGGAUUUUAAUGAGGACACUACUCCAAAAUUAGUGAAUGAAAAAGAAUUUAAAAUUGGAAAUAUCCAUUGUUUAGAGUUAUGUCCAGACUCACCUUUUGUUAUAACUGCUGGUGGUGAUAAGAAAUCUAAUAAUUUUGUGGUUUAUGAUUUGCAGAACAUUGAUGUUGUGAAACAUACAUUUGAAUCUAGACCAUUGGUACAGUUGGUGACAGAAAAUUCAGAAGAAAACACCAAUAAUACAUAAACAUAAUAUAUUGAAAUAAAUAAACCAUAUAAACU